CUGGUGACAGCAGGGCAUUCACUGCUGGACUUUGUGUUCUUCACUGCAGCUCUCAGCUCUUCAUAGAGUAUAUAAAGCUCUGCCACACACACACAAACACACACCCUCACACACUUACUCUCACCGGGAUUAACAAAGACUCACUCACUCAUACAGGAUUUGGAUCGCAGUCAUGAAGGUGUUUGUGGUGCUUGUACUUGCAGUAUUCACUGGCUGCCAUGGCAACAUUCUUUCGGCAAGUCAGCCCAAGCCACAGUUGGAGCUGGUGAAAAAUGCAUUCUGGGACUAUGUCGCCAAGGCAACUCACACUGCUGAAGAGACUCUUCAGGCGAUCAGACAGUCUGAGCUGGGCCAGGAAGUCAAUGCUCAGAUCACAGAGAGCGCGGAUGCGACCAGCAAAUACAUUGUCACUCUCCACAGUCAGAUGACCCCUCUGGCUCAGAAGUUGCUGACCCAACUCUCCCAGGAGGCCGAGCAGCUGAGGGUACGUCUCGAGAAAGAUUUAAGCCUCAAAAAGGUUCAGUUUGAGCCCUACGCCGAGGAGCUGAGAACCAACAUUCAGCAGCAGGUGGAGCAGCUGAAGCAGGAUGUGGCCCCUUAUGUAGAGUCCCUGGAGCCCGAGGCCCUGAAGGCCGCCCUGCUCCAGAAGAGCGAAGAGCUGAAGGGGAGCCUGGAGCAGAGCGUGCAGGAGCUGCAGUCCCAGCUGGACCCCCACACCCAGGAGCUGAAGGAGAAAGUGGAGCAGCACCUGCAGGACUUCCACAAGAGUAUGGCUCCCCUGGCCCAGAGCUUCCAGACCCAGCUGGCCCAGAAAACCCAGGAGAUCCAGCAGAGUCUGGCCCCCUACGGUGAGGACCUGAGAGAAAAGCUGAACCCCUACGCCCAGGACCUGAAGGCCCAGCUCAAUGCCCUCUGGGAGUCCUUCACCAAGAAGAACUAGACAGGCUUCAUUCCACAUGGCUUUCUCUUUAACUCAGUGAGUUCUUGAACAAUUCCUCGGAAGUUACUUCAGGAUCUCUGUUCUCACUGAAUCUCAAUCAUAUGAAGGACAAUGUGUGUCAAUGCCAACUAAGAUCACAACCAAGCCAUUCUGUUGUCCUCUGACCUUUGAAAAUGCUAUAAUAUUCAAGCAUUCAAGCAUUCAAGCAAUGUUGAUUGAGAUGAAUACAGAAAUAUGUAUUUCUUUAUAGUUUCAUGUCCUGUAAGAUAUGAAAGAUGCUUGUUUUUGUUUUUUUUCUUUAAUUUAUUAAAAUAAAGUAUUCCAUAAAAGAAA